GGCGCGAACUCAAUCUUACGAGCAGUGGCCCCGACAUCGAUCUCUCGCGGCUCGUAGGAUCCCGGCUCGUUGCUGAUCCCCCUCGCAUCGCCCGCAUUAAUCGCGCGCGUCAUCGGCAUAUAUUACGAGGAAGAAAUUUGCCCACUGUAGUUUCCCUUUUGUAGACAAUCGUCGUUCGUCGCUCAAGAUAGUCAGUUGCGAAAGCUCUAUUUGCGUACGCAUUCGCGGCGUUAGCUUAUGACAAUGGCGAAUAGAAACAAUGUCGAGCUCGCGUUUCAAUCGACAGAAUCUGCGUCGAGAGUUCCACGUAACGAUUCUGCUAAAAGUAUCAUAAGCUGCGAAAACAGAAGGCCAGAAUGCAGCGCUCAACGUAUAUUUAUCUCUGCGAUGGACGCGAUUAACCAUGUACUGAUCAUAGCAGUAACGAUAUAUCUCGUAUAUUACUCAGCGAAGGAACAUCACGUAAUAAAUAUACACGUAAUCCUCUGCACUUUCGGGUACGUUCUGCUGAUGUCGGAGGCUAUUGUUGUCUUGGCGGGUGAUCAUUUUCUCACUAAUUCUCUCUCGCGUCGCGCCAACAAACAUCUCCAUUGGAUUCUCCAAGGCAUCGGGCUGAUUUUCAAUUUCGUCGGCAUAGGCCUCAUGUACAACAGCAAUAAAGUACACUUUCAUUCGAUUCACGGUAUUACGGGCUUCACCUCCCUGGUAAUCGUGUGCACGGUAACGAUCUUUGGAUAUCCAGUGUGGAUCGCGUGGAAAGUACGUAAGUUUGUGCGGCCAGUGGUUAUCAAGUUCCUUCACAAUUUUCUGGGCACUGCUGGUUUUGCCAUUGGUAUGGUAGCGCAGUGUUAUGGUUACAAAAAGAAAUGGAUAUACCAGACGACGAAAGAAGAGUACGCCAGCGACGUACUACUUGUUCUUACGGUAUUGAUCACGAUACUAUCUCUGAGAAGCGCACUACUUUCUCUCACCAGACAAGGUGUCGGUUUUCUAAGAUUACUUUGUCCCUCUGUCUCGUAGAAGAAAAAAAUGCUGAAAAAAAUAAUAAUCGCCAGUUUUAUUUUAUUAAUUUUUUUUUUUAUAGUUAGAACGAUGUAAAUGUAAAUGCAUUGUGAAUAUAAUUAAUAUAAAUAUAAUGUAAAUAAUUAUAUAUAAUUUUAUCAAAGAACUAAUGACUAAAUACAACCUUUUUUUUAUUUAUAUAAUAAAAUAUAAUGUAAAUAUUAUAUUUUAAUAGGAUAUAAUUCUCUUUAAAAGGUUUUGUAAUUUCUUUUUAUACGAUGUAUCAACAUUUUUCUAUUUAAAACUACAAGAAAUUUAUUGGAAAAAAUUGUUCUGACAUUCAGAUAAAUUUUGCUCUUGCAACAAAGAAUUAAUUAUUUAUCUGCAAUUUAAUCUAUUCAAAUACGAAAUAUCAAUAGCUCAAGAUAUAAAAUCAAUUUUAUGCAAAAAGCUAUGAACUAGAAAUAAUACAAAGAACAUAAUUGUCAUAAUUUCAUUAUUUACAUUAAUGAUAUAAUUAUUGGAUAUUUUAUACUGCGCUAUUAAAUGUUAGUUUAGCAAUUAUUUGAGCGUUACAAGGCGAUAUCAAUAACGCUUUAGCUAUUAUUUAAAUUGCGCGUAAUCGACCAUUAUUAAAUUAUUAUUAGCUUUUACUUUUAUUAUUGUCAGUUGUUUAACAUAAUAGUUUGUAUUCCGAGAGACAGGCAGGCACGUCAAUUUAAGAAGCAUUUCGAGGGAAAGCUAACUCAUGCUAGUAAAAUAUCUCGCAAACAAAGUCUGACUCCUUUGGUGGUGAAGAUAAUGUUAUUACAGAAUCGAAUUGCAAGAUGUUCCGGAUGCGAGCAUUCGGUUACGGCAACAUGCCACUUCUAGCUUCUGACGGCGUAUAAACGAGAGAAGUCAAAGUUUAAUUAGACGCUAAAGCAUAGUACAGUCUGAAAUUUCGAAAGUCGUAAUUUCUCCUUGCUGCCAAACUGUAGUCUGUUUCCUAUUUUCUGUCUAAUAUACAAUAUAUAUAUAUAUAUAUAUAUAUAUAUAU